CAGAGCUUCUUCCAAGAUGCUGCUGAUCCUUCUCUCAGUGGCCUUGCUGGCCCUGAGCUCAGCUCAAGACCUGGUUUCUGAAAGCAGCAGUGAAGAGUCUCUGAGCAUCGUAUUAGAUGGAACCAACUCAGACUCAAGCUCAGACAAGGAUUUUCCCCAACCACCUCCUGAUGGACCCAGAGGACCACCUCCUGGAGGACCUGGAGAACCACCACCUAGUCCCCCUCCUAAUGAUGGAAAUGGAGAUGAGGUACCUCCACCAGGGACACCUCUACCAGGGACACUUCCACCAGAACCACCCCUACCUGGACCACCCCCACCACCAGGACCACCCCCACCAGAGGAGGAACCUGAGCAGAGUCCAGAUGAAGAGUCACCAUCCAAGUAAUCUGAAAGUCAUUAACAGGACAUGAGUAUGAAGAUACCAGUCCUUCAGAAGGCCAUGACAUUGGGAAAAGGCAGUCUGUCUUCAAUUUACCAAUAAAAUAAU